AUGACUAGCAGCCAAGAGCAUACAUUAAAAACUUGUACAACAACGGAGAUAACCCUGAAUGACGAGGAGCUAAUUCAGCAAACGUCCAGGAAAUUGAAUGUUGAAGUCUGUCAUGUUGUUCAGUCAAUCGAACAUUUGAGAAACCUUGAGGCUAGUAAGAGAAGAAGAGAAAAGGAAAAUGAAGAAAAGACCAAGAGGAGGGUGAACAUGAAAUACAAGGUUUAUGAUUGCAUUGAUUUAGUGGUUUCCGGAAAGAUAAACAGAUUGUAUUCUGCUGAGUUAGACAAAUAUUUAGUAAAACAUCAAUUAAAGCUGUUACAGUUCAUGCCCUAA